GUACAGACAGGAUUAGAUGCACUCACGGCCUCCAUUGUGGUUCCUGCAACUCCCUUCUUUAUUCAGCAGUAAGUGAAGGGCGUGCGACUUUUUUUGUUUUCCCUUGCCUUUUCACUUCUCCUGGCCAUGAAACGUGUCCCUGGUGUCUCCACUCCUUGAUUCCGAAGUACUGGAAUUCUGGAGGGAACUGUGCGCUUUUUAGACCGGACAGGUUCUUUUAUCUGUUUUGCAUCCGCUGUUAAACUCCCGGCCCCCGAGCUGCCAGGCGUAAAUGGUCCCGCGCACGCCUGGGGGCGGCAGCGCGGGGCGGACGCGCUCCUCCUUGGGCUCUGCGGGGCUGCGGCCGCCUCGGGCCCGGCGCCGGCAGGGCCAUCCCGGCUCUCGGGCACCCGCACCCCCGGCCCAGCGUGCCCGAGCGCGGCGGGGCGGGCGGCACGCGGGCGGCUCCCGGCCCUGCCCCGGUGCUGCCCCGGUGCUGCUCCGUGCGGCCGCUGCCGGCGGGAGCUCCGGAGCAGAGCGGGCCUCGGCCGGGGCUGUCGGCGGCAGCCGCUGUUCGGCACUCGCAGGAGCUCUAGCUAAAGGACUGCGGGAUGGGCCACGGGGCCGUGGGAAACCAGCUCGGGCAUCUUUGCUGCCAGGAGCAGCGUGCAGCAGCUGCGUGUUUCCAUUCUCACCGGUUUCGGUGUUGGGCAGCUUCGGAAGGCUUUUCAGAUGUCUUCUUUCAGAAGAACUGCACCUGGAGUACUAUGACAGCAAAGGGUAUAAUUGGGAAUGUGUAAGCAGUUUAAAAAUGAUAACUCAUGGGGACAGUCUUUGGGAAAAGACUUGUUACCAAUCUUCAGGGGGCAACUCUUGCCUUACUUAUCUCCCAACUCUAGGAGAUGAUCAGAAUGCCAAAAUAUCCUUCAAUUCCUGUGCCCCAAAGAGAAUUACAAAAUAGCAGCUGGUCCAUGUGGUCUACCAUACCAUCAUCGUUUUGCCUGAGAUCUCUGGCUCAGACUGUCCAAUCUCAUAUUGCUCUUUAUGAAAAGACAUAAAAAUUUGAUAUAAGGGCAACACUAAGAGUAUUUAAAGGAAUCUUGUAUUAAUAACAAAAAAAUCCAUCUUUUCACCUUAAAGUGGAAGGACAGCAAAAUUCCUCUGUUGGAUUAAUGAAGUUUCUUUUCUAAUUAUAAAUAUCUUUGUUUAGUUCAGUUGACAGACUUUGC